UCGUACCGACAGCAGGUCUUUUUCCCUGUUUCUUUACCCUACGCUUUAGGAGAGGAGUCUCCAGAUAGGCUGCACGGUGGCAGACAGGGGGCACAGAACCGCCUGUUCCUCUGAUUUCCUUCUCCAAGGGAGUCGCAUAGGUUGGAUGCCUGGGAGGAGCGAGAAGUUAAAUACCGAUCACUCCCGUCCCGCUGCAGAGUAUCAAGGCAUAAAGCGUUUGUUUCUUCUCCACAACGCGGCAAAGAAGUUGAAGAAGAGUGUUGGAGCAGGAGUAAUGUUGAAUGGCAAUGUAGAGACAAGCUGAAGGUCCAGAGAGCCAUCAUUCACGCAGAGUGGCAGGAAGGUCAUCGGGCUAAGAAACGGUCCAUGGUUUCCAUUGGUCACUGCUGGAUCCUGCUGUUCCACUGCCUGUGCUUCAUGCCCAGCUCUUCCUGUGUUUUUGUUGCUUUCUUGCCCUUGGAUUACUGAAAGAGCUGUCACGAUGAAGAAAAUAAUUACAUAGGACCUUUUAAAAUACAAGCUCCUCAAACCAGUGGAUUGUUCUGAAGGUCAAAGCCAUCCAGGAUCAAAUGUAAUCACCAGCAGUAAAAUCAGCUAGCCUUUUCACAUUUCAAGCUUUCUGCUUCUGCAAGUAAAAUCAGUUAGAACUUUUCAAGGGACUGGACUGUAAAAUAAUUUCGUCUUCGGAAUAAUAUUUUUCCGGGAAUUUUGUCCAGGACUUUAAACUACCAGAGCGUUAUCAAACCCCCUCACUGAGCUGACCGGACGUCAAAUGGAUACAAGUGCUGUUGGAGUCGGACGAGUGAAGAAUGGAUGGAAAGCUUCAAUGUUAUUCUUCAGUAGCACACUUUUCAGUGCCCCUACAACCUUGUUUCCCCAUAAUUUCUAUAUUGAACAGUGAGCCUGACUGGUUAAUCUGUUGUUUCUUUCUCCCUCAAAUCUUUUAAAGGUAUUCUUCAAUCUGUUUGUUUCAUUGCUACAGAUUCCACUUAAAAGAAAUAUAGGAAUCUUAGUAAGGGGGAGCAAGUACUCAGGAGAAUCAAAUUGACUGGCCAUGUGACCGUACAAACAUGCUCUCACCGGGUGGUACAAACCAUUAUGCUCCAUGACCUGCCCUGUAUUCAGCAGAUAACUUCAGAUUGAUUUGUGAUCCCAUGGAUUAGCUUUCAAGUUCUUUCACCAAGAGCCUUUGAGUUUGCCCUGGUGGGCUUGCGUUUUUGUUUAUAACUAUAGGUGAAAAACCCUUUGAGUCCGCAUCUUUGAUUUUACAUGUAGACACAGAGAAGUUUAGUUUUUUUAACAACAUGGUUCCCCUUUGGACAGCAGGACCGUGGGCACUAUUGGCAGCACUGGGUCUUUUGAGCUGCUGUUGUUUUAAGUGGUCUGAGGCUUCAAGAACUAGUGGCAUAAACUCAGGAGGGAGUGAAAAGCAAGAAGGACCCUCAUCACUUGAAAGAGUAAAGAGAGGAUGGGUGUGGAACCAGUUUUUCGUGGUGGAGGAGUACACAGGCACAGAGCCACUAUACGUAGGAAAGAUCCAUACAGACUCAGACGAAGGUGAGGGCAAUAUCAAGUACACUAUCUCAGGAGAGGGAGCAGGUUCCAUCUUCAUCAUCGAUGAACUUACUGGGGACAUACAUGCCACAGAGAGACUUGACAGAGAAGAGAAGGCUUUUUACACGCUACGAGCUCAGGCCCGAGAUCGUCUCACUAAUGCACCGCUGGAACCAGAGUCCGAGUUUGUCAUCAAGGUCCAGGACAUCAAUGACAGUGAGCCCCAGUUCUUGGAAGGCCCAUACAUUGGAAGUGUGGCAGAACUGUCACCCAUAGGAACGUCUGUCAUGAAGGUUACUGCUUCAGAUGCUGAUGACCCUACAUAUGGGAGCAGUGCCAGAGUGGUCUACAGUGUACUGGAUGGAGAAAUGUUUUUCACUGUCGAUAGACAUACAGGAAUAAUCAUGACAGCAGUAGCAGAUUUGGACCGGGAGACACAGGAUCGUUAUGAGUUGGUCGUCAAGGCAACAGACAUGGCAGGACAAAUGGGUGGUCUCUCCGGCUCCACCACGGUGACCAUAGUGAUCACGGAUGUUAAUGACAACCCACCACGCUUUCCGCAGAAGAUGUACCAGUUUUCAGUGUCAGAAGGGGCAGCUGUGGGGACACCAGUUGGACGCGUCAUUGCUACAGAUGCAGACAUGGGGGAAAACACAGAUAUGAGCUAUCUGAUCAAAGAGGGAGGAGAUCUCUUCAAGGUCACCACAGAUGUAGAGACACAGGAAGCUGUUGUCUCCAUCAAAAAGCCGCUAGACUUUGAGAGCAAGAGGACCCACAAUGUUGUCGUUGAGGCAGUAAAUAAGCAUGUUGAUCCUCGCUUUGUUGACCUAGGCUCUUUCCGAGAUCAGACAAUUGUUCGGGUCAGUGUGUCUGAUAUUGAUGAGCCACCCAUCUUUCAACCAGCAGAAAGUGCUGUCAUGGAAGUCCAAGAGGAUGCCAAAGUAGGAUCACUUGUUGGCAUUGUCUUGGCCAGGGAUCCAGAUGUGAUGAACAAACCUGUGAGGUUUUCCAUUGAUCCGACCACAGACCAGGACAUGAUAUUCCAUAUUGAUGCUAACUCAGGUGCCAUCACGUUAGGAAAGAUUUUGGACCGAGAGACAGCGGGCUGGCACAACAUCACUGUGAAGGCUAUAGAAGCAGAUAACCACACAAUGAUGUCCUUCUCAGCCAUUAGUAUUCGAAUCCUGGAUGUAAAUGACAAUCCUCCCGAACUGGCUACACCAUAUGAAGCCUCUAUAUGUGAAGAUGCCAAACCAGGGCAGUUAAUUCACACCAUCAGUGUGGUGGAUAGAGAUGAACCACAGUCUGGACAUCGCUUUUUCUUUACACUACCAUCUGAAGCUGCCAGCAGUCGUCAUUUCACUCUGUGGGAUGUCAAAGACAACACAGCUGGCAUUCGUACCCAGAAGUCAAGCUUCAACCGCCAUGAACAAAAUGUGUACUUCCUGCCCAUUCUUGUUGUUGACAGUGGACCUCCCUCCCUCAGCUCAACAAGCACCCUGACCAUCCAUGUUUGUGGCUGUGACACAGAGGGAGCUAUUCAGACCUGCAAUGCAACAGCCUAUGUAAUGAGUGCAGCUCUUAGCCCUGGGGCGCUUAUAGCUCUACUGGUCUGCAUGCUCAUCCUCAUAGUUCUUGUCUUGCUGAUUCUCACUCUGAAACGCCACAGGAAAGGCCAAAGGAUGACAGAGGACGAGGAGGACAUGAGAGAUAACGUCAUCAAAUACAAUGACGAAGGCGGAGGGGAGCAGGACACUCAGGCGUAUGACAUGAGCACUCUGAGGAACCUCUAUGACUUCCCGGAGGCCAAAAGCUGUGACACUGGACCGGACAUCCACUCAUUGCCACAGUGGAUACAGGCAAACAGAGUAGGAGGGGGGGCGGACGGAGCUAUGGCAGCAGCCACAGACUUCUCUCUUUUCAAAGGCUACAUACGAAAGAAGGUGGAGCAGGCUGACGCUGACCUGUCGGUGCCGCCAUAUGACUCAUUCCAGACAUAUGCCUUUGAGGGCACCAGUUCACCUGCACUGUCACUCAGUUCAAUCCACACCCUGUCCACCACAUCUGAGCUGGAUUUCUCCUACCUCAGCGACUGGGGGCCACGCUUUAGGCAACUGGCAGGCUAUUAUGCUCCAGGAAAGACUGAGGAGGAAGCAUCCUAGCACAGUUUCUUAUCUACAGAGAGACAGUUAAGCACUCCGUUUUCCUCAUUUUUUUUUCUGUAUCCUCACCCCCUGGCACUAAACUGAGAUUAUUAGAGCUAACCCUAUGUACUUAUUUCAGUGAGAGUGCAACCUCUUUAUCUCAUUUUCGAAAUUCUCAGAUGUAGAUGUUGAGCUCUGAGAAAACAUUGAUUUUCAGAUUUUUUUACACUUUUGAUUUUUGUUAAAAUAUAAGGUUCAAAUGAAAUAUGGGGAAAAAGUGCUAUUUAGUCAUUUGUUUGAGUGUGUAAAGGGAUUAUUUUCUGCUCCCAACAUGAAACGCUUUAGUUAAACCUAAACUGACACUAAUGAGAGUUAAAAUCAUUAUAACUUGGGUAUUACUCAGUGAUGUGGAAGUGCACUGUAUGAAUGGUAUACACAUUUUUAAAGAAAUAAAUAUUCAUGUAUUUAUUUAUUUUUAUUUAUUUAUUUAUUCAUACAAUGGUAACAGCAAAAAUUAACUCAGUGUUGAAUAAAAAGUAAUUAAGAACGACUUUAUUAAAGGAGAAGAAAGAACUGCAGUGCCAUAGCACUACACAAAACAUUGGUUCAGAAGUGACAUAUGGGCCAUAUAACCAUUAUGGAGUAGAAAUAUGUCUUAUUUUUAUAAGUUUUGAAAAAUCACCCACGGAAGAGAAAUACAAAAAAGAAAAUGGAGGUCCAGUUAAGUCUGAAUUUUCAGGCUAAAAAAGUUUUGUUGUAUUUAUUUAUUUUUUUUGUGGUUUGUCAAAGAAAGAGAAAAUCUUUAAGGUGAGGAACUGAGGACAGUUGUGUGUUAACAGUGUCUUUUCUUACUCUCUCUGCAGUCAAUUGUUGAGCAACAAGGCACAAACCGCUGCAGGGGUCCACAAAAAAAAAAAAUGACUGUUUUAUGAAGCUGGCUGGUGGUCAAUUUUGUGACACGAGCAGCCAAAUUAUGUUCCAUAUUUUUUGUGCGAGUGUGUAAAUUAUGUUCAUCUCAUUUUAUAAUCAAGUUUAUUUAUUUUUUUUUUUUUUAUCUUAUUUGUUUGUUGUUUUUUAUUUGGGGUUGGGGAGGUUUAUGUGAGAAGAAAUGAUGAUCGGAUCACAUCCACCUAAUAUCCCAACUUAUUCCAUGUUUAUCCUAAAUUGCAAAUGUAUGGAAAAUUAUAAAAAAGAAAAAGACUAAUAAAUAUUUAACUUUUUUGUAAAUCUUAA